UGAGUUGGGAACGGCGGCUUCUAGAGUGAUUCUCAUUUUCAAGGCGAGGACUGGACCAGCCACAAAUUCUUCUAUUGUGCUCUGGCAAACAAUUAGUACAACAUGGCGAAGGAAGAAAAGAAGACAUUCAUUUCCACUACGGUGAAAGACUCUUUUUUCGAUGAUCCGUUCUUCAAGGAUUGGUGGAGGGAUUUUGAUAUGCCUGUCAAACCCGCCACUCAGCAAGUGGAAACCCAGAUUACAGGAACAGGAACACCUCGUCGAUCACUGUUGGAUUCCUUUUUUGAUCUGAAGUCGGGCAAAAGCUCAGGGUUCGCGUCUGCUUCGACCAUUGCCCAACAAUCGUCCAUGUCCCUGAAAAAUGGGCAGUAUUCAAUUGAAGUGGAUAUUCAAGGCUUUGAUCCAGAGGACAUUGAUCUUCGAGUAGAGAAAGGAGAACUCAUCGUGGCUGGAGAGCGACAAGUCAAGCGAGGAAACUCCUUUUCCAAGCGUCUCUUCAAUCAGAAAUUUCAAUUGCCCAAGGGCAUUGAUAUCAAUAAAAUCGAAUCAGAAGUCCAUUCUGAUGGGAAAUUGUUCAUCUUUGCCCCUCAAUUGGAGGCUGAACGAGUGGGUGAUGACGAUGAGAGCAGCCGGGAGGUCACCAAGUCAGGUGAAACCACAACAACGUCGUCCGAGGCCGAGAUUGCCUUGGAAGGAGGUGGAACUGCAAAAACAGCGACUUCUGGAACCAGUUCCAAGAAAUCCCAAGUUUCCAACAUCAAGAAAGAAGCGGCCGAUGGAUCGUUUGAAGAAGAGAUUGUGGAAGAGGAGGAGUUCUUUGAGGAAUCAUCAUCGACUACUACCAGCACCAUGCAAUCCUUUGGAAACAUGGACAUGGGUAUGGGCAGCCUUGGAUUCGAAGGCUUUGGUAACAUGGGCAGCUUUGGGUCUGGAAUGUUGAAGAAAUUCGAUAUGGGAUUCCCGUCCCUCAAAAUGGGAGGAGCGGGUGGAACCACCAACACUACAACCACCAAAACGGAAGAGAAGCUGAAGGCCGAGAGGGGUCGAGUCAUCGAGAUGUCUAAGAAUGAAAGCACCAAAUCAGACAUCAGGGAAAUGACCAUUCCAAUUGCCAUAACCCGAGAUGGAGGCGUGGCCAAACCCAAGACACCAAAGCCAAGGCUCUUGCCUUUCCAGUUGGAAUUCUCCUCCUCAGACAAGUCGAUGCCGAGUGCUGAUGACAUGUUAGCUCAGGUCCAAAAGCAAAUGGAGAAGAUGCAACAAGCUACCAUGGGACAACUUCAAGAACAAUUGGCGUCCAAUGAGGAUGAUCAAAAGCCGCAACCGGCAAAUAAUACAGAGUUGGAAAAUCAAGAGUUCUUCGUCCCUCUCAGUCAAAUCGGCAAUGUUCAACGAGAUGCUUUAGCCGAAGCCACUGCCAUGGCAAAGAGGAAAGGCGAACAUUUCGAGCUUGUGGUCAACAUUCAAAGGUUUGCUCCUGAAGAGGUCAAGGUCUACGUCACCGGACAGAACGUCAUUGUUCAAGCUGAACACAAGACUCCAGAGGGCUUUGUCACCGACAGCUAUGAGCAAAAGUUUAGCCUUCCAGAGGAUGUAGACACCGAGAGACUGACUUCGGGAAUAUCUCGCGAUGGUAUCUUGAUGGUUCGCGUCCCAAGAAAGAGCCCAGAGCGAUUAAUUCCUAUUCAGUACGAUGCCAAGAUCAAUGCAGUGCAGCAAGCAUUACAGAAAUCGGAAAUCAAAAUCGAAACAAGCAAGAGCUCGCAACAGAUACGGGAAGAAUUGGCGAAAGAGAACAUCGAACCUAUGAAAAUUGAGAAACAAGAAGAUGCCAUUAAGGCUGCUUCAGCCGAGGUCAUCGAGGCUCUUACCAUUGGUGCCGCUCAACAAGCUGGCAGUGAGGCAGGAGAGGAAGCUGGGGCGAAAGUUGCUGCUCUAGAGGCUCAAAAUUUCGCCAAGGCUGCCAUCGAAACAGCUGUUUUAGAAACCGCUCAAGCCAUUGGUAUGGAGAUCGCGGGAGAACUUGGAGCCAAAAUGGCCAUCCAAGCUGCCAAGGAGGUCGGUUUAGCAGCAGGUUUGGCAGUUGCUGCCGAGGUUGGGUCCGAAGUCGGUCGCGAGGUUGGAAGAGUCGCAGGUGCUCAAGCUGCUUCCAUUGCCGGAGCUGAGGAACUGGCCAAGAUGAACAUGGCUGAAAUCACCGAGGAGAAGGCCAAGGAACUUCAGCCCAAAUUUGUGGAAAUCGGCAAAGACGUUGGAACAAAGAUUGGCGAGAACGCUGGAACAGACGCUGGUAAAAAUAUCGACCUCGACCGACCCGUCAAAGAGGCACAAGACGCCGCCAAAUCAGCCGCUGAAAAAGCAGCCCUCAAAGUCAAGGACUUGGUUGAUCUGGCAAAUGAAAUUGGAACAACUGAAGGUGGCUCCGCUGGUCAAGAGGCAGGAAAAGAGGCAGGAGCUCUAGCUGGCGAGACAGUGGCCGUCGAAGCCGCUGUGCGAGCAGCAGAAGAGGCUGCAGCUAAAGUAGCAGAAGUCAUUAUCGGAGAAGCUGGCAUCAAAAUUGGCCAAGAUAUUGGCAGAUCUGUUGGCAAGCAAAUCGCCAUGAAGUUGGGCAAAGAAAUGGGGGCCGAGGCUGGAGAACCUGCUGGAAAAGAGGCCGGAAUUGAAGCUGGCAUUGCUGCGGCAAACGAGGAAAUAGCCAAGGAAAAUCCAAUGGAAAUAAAUGACGAAAAACUGAAGCAGAUCAGAAUCAAGGUCAAAGCCAUAAUCAGGAAGAAGGCCCAGACGGUCGGGGCCAAGGCUGGUGAGGAAGCAGGAAAGAAAAUCGACAUCAACGCAAUCAUAUUGGAGGCCAUUGAAGAGGCUAAACGAGUUGCAGAAGCCACUGCCCUUGACAUCAAGGCUUUUGAAACAAUGGGCGCAGAGAUUGCUGAGGAAGCCGGCAAAAAGGCUGGUGAAAUCACAGGCAAAGACGCUGGAGCCAUUGCUGGUGAAAAGGUUGCCAUUGAAGCAGUCAUGAAAGAAGCACUGGCAAUGGCCGAGAAGACUGGAGCUGCAAUCUUCGGCGAGGUUGGCGCCAAAUUGGGCAAGGAAGCUGGUGAAAAGGCUGCCAAAGAGAUUGCAUCACGACUUGGACGUGAACUUGGCGCUGAUGCUGGUCAAUCUGCUGGUCUUUUGGCUGGAGGCGAAUCCGGCAUGAUGGCUGGCAAAGCCGAAGCCCAAAAACACAACGUCAUGGAAAUGAACGUGGAGCAAAUCAAUUACUUGAAAACCUCAUUGGGCCAAUUGGGAGAAAAGGUUGGCAAAGAGGCUGGAACAAAGGCUGGAACCGAUGCUGGAUCCAAGAUUGAUAUUCCACGAAUCUUGAAGGAGACGUUAGAUUCCGCUAAAAAGGCUGCUGAACAGGCAGCCAAUUUUGCCAAGGCCAGCGAGCAAGAAGCCACUGCUAAGGCUGUGGAGGAAAUUGCUAUCAAUGGAGCCAAAGAAGCCGGUGAAAUUGCCGGAGAAGCUGCAGCAAAAGAGGUGGCAGCAGAUGCGGCCAUCGAAGCCCUCCUUGGCGAUAUCAUCAAAGUCAGCGAAGAAGAGGGAGCCAAAAAGGGAAAUGAAGUCUACGGGGAAUUUGGCGCCCAGAUUGGAAAAGAGGCUGCAGUUGCCGCGGGUAAGAAGGCCGCUAUUGCCAAGAUUCAAGAGCUCAUUGGUAGUGUUGCUGGGCAAAUGGGCAAAGAAGCUGGUGGAGAAGCAGGUCUUGCCGCUGGUAAAGUAGAGUUGAAGAAACACGACUUGAAAUCCAUCACAAAAGACAAGAUCGCUACCAUCCGCGCUGCUUUCGAACAAGUUGGAACGAUCUCAGGAAAAGCUGCCGGCAUUAGCGCGGCCAAAUUGGCUUUUAAAAAGAUCGAUGUGGAACUUGUAAUGGCUGAGGUUCGGGUUGCAGCCAGUCAAUCUGCAGAAAAAUACGCCAUCAAAGCCAGAGAAUUCUGCAAGAUGGCUGUGAAGAUUGCUGAGGAGGCUGGAGCCAAGGCAGGCAAGUCCACUGGAAAGACCAUUGGAGCCGAAUCUGGUGAAGAUGCUGGUGGAAAAGCUGGUGAAGAAGUGGGUCGAGAGGCUGGUCUUAAGGCCGGAACCGAAAUUGGUGGGGAGAAUGGGGGUCGUAUUGGUGCCGAAACUGGCGCAGCUGCUGGUAAAAAGUUUGGCUUGAAAGUGGGCAAGUUGGCUGGCAUCAAGGCCGGUGAGACCUUUGGGUUCCAAUUUGGGCGUAUUGCUGGAGGGAAAGCAGGCCUAGAGGAAGCUAUGAAGGCUUUCAAAAUUGGAAUUACCAAAGAAAAAGUGGCUUCACUGAAGAAAAUCUUUAUCGAGGUGGGCACGGCCGCAGGAACCACAGCUGGAACAACCGCCGGAAAGACCGAAGGGGCCAAGGCUGGCGAUGAAGAAGGAAGAAAGUUCGCCUAUGAAGAGGGAGCAAAGGCCGGUGCAGCAGCGGCCAGGAAGGCCAUUGCUGGCGAGGCCAAGUUCUUGAAGGCUCAAGGUCUGGAAAUCGGCGACAAGAUCGGAGCAGAUGCUGGUGAAAAGGCUGGUCUAGAGGCUGGUGAAAAGGCCGGCGCUGAUGAAGCAGGCAAAUUGGGUGGCGAUGAGGGUGAAAGGAUUGGUCGCGAAAUCGCUGGCGAGGAAGGCGCCAAAAUUGGUCGGGAGAUUGGUGAAGAGGUUGCUAGACUCGCUGGAGCUAAACUUGGAAGAAAAGUGGGUCGCACAGCCGGUCUUCAUGCCGGUCGCAAAGCAGGGGCUGAAGCUGCCUCCAAAGCCGGCGAGAUUGCAGCUAAAACCAUGACCAGAGAUAUGGUUGACAAAUUGAAGAAACUAUUUGAAGAGGCUGCCGCCAACGCUGGAUCAGCUGCAGGUGCCAAAGCUGGUAUGGAGGAGGCCAUUCGAGCAGUUCAACGAAUUGCUAUUGAGGCUGCUGCCAAAGCUGCUAGAGAGAAGAUUUUGGCCUUGGCUUCCAGGGGCGAAAUUAAACUCUCUGCCUCGUGGAAACCCACGGCUCUCAUUUCAAUCAUUGCAACCAGAAGUGACCUUAGUGACAUGGACAAAAUCAAGCUAGCUGCCAGAGCCAAAAUGGAGGGCAAUCUGAAGGAGCUCUUGCCUCAAAAGUUUGCCUCCAAAGGUCUCAAGAAAGACGAAGACGAACUGGAGGGUAAACUAAGAUUUGGAGACCAUUCCAGUGCUCAAGCGUCUGAGGAUGUCGAUCCCAUGGACAAAUGGAAGACCGUGGUGUUCACUGACCUUCCUGAUGCGGAUAAGAAGCCCGGUCGAUCCGAUGGAAUCAAGGACAACGUCAAUUCCUUGCGCCGACGAUUUGAAACACAGAAUAUGAAAGAUAAUGAAGCAUAUGUUAUUAUGUAAGGCCGAUAACCCUUGUACUAUCUGUUGCCUCUGCAAGAUUUGUUUAUAUUUAUUAGUGAACAACAAUCAUCGAUCUAAACAAAUUGAAGGAUGAUAUGAAGACAAUGUUCCGUCGUGUGAAAAGCAUUACAAUUUUAAUAUUGACAGUUAAUAAAAGUUCCUACUCA